UCUCUCUUUCUCUCUCUAUAUGUAUAUGUAUGUAAAAUUUGGAGUCAAAUUAAAGGUUAUAUAACCCCACAUCAAGUCCUUUGAGGACCGGCCUUGAUGCUCAAGAACCACCAAGGCUAGAUUUUCACAAAGAAAAGAAUCAAAAAAAGGGCAAAAGAAUUAUUUGGCAAAAAAAAAAAAAAAAUUGUUUUUAGCUACUAAGUAGUUUUCACUUAUUUUGGUUUUGGCUCAAUGGGAAGGUCUCCUUGCUGUGAAAAAGCUCAUACAAAUAAAGGAGCGUGGACAAAAGAAGAAGAUGAUCGUCUCAUCGCAUAUAUAAGGGCUCACGGUGAAGGCUGCUGGCGGUCGCUUCCAAAGGCCGCCGGCCUCCUCCGCUGCGGCAAAAGCUGCCGCCUCCGGUGGAUCAAUUACUUAAGGCCUGACCUCAAACGUGGCAACUUCACCGAUGAAGAAGAUGAACUCAUUAUUAAACUCCACAGUCAUCUUGGUAACAAGUGGUCUCUUAUAGCUGGAAGAUUACCAGGAAGAACUGAUAAUGAGAUAAAGAAUUACUGGAAUACUCAUAUAAGAAGGAAGCUUUUGAGCCGAGGUAUUGAUCCCACAACCCAUAGGUCAGUCAAUGAGCCUGCAUCAGCUAGAGAAGUUACAACAAUAUCAUUUGCUGGUUCGACAACUAAAGAAGACGCAGAAAAGUGUAUCACUGCAGGCAUUAAUUUAAACAACAAAGAGGAAAACAGUCCAGUUUUCGAACGGUGCCCAGAUUUGAAUCUUGAACUCAGAAUAAGCCCUCCUUAUCAACAACAAGCACAAGAGCAAUUGAAAACAGGAGGGAGGACUAUAUCUCUGUGCUUUGCGUGCAGUUUGGGUGCACAAAACAACAAAGAUUGCAGUUGUAAUAUUGAAGGUGGCAGCAGCAGUAAUUCUGGAUAUGAUUUUCUAGGGUUGAAAACUGUGGAAUACAGAAGCCUGGAAAUGAAAUGAAUUAAGUUUUUUUUAACAUGUAUUGAAGAUUUAAGACUUUAAAAUAGAAGAAAUUAAUAUUUGAAGAGAAAUGUAAAAGAUAUUUGUAUUUAGUUAAAUUGCUUGUUCAAGUAAUUAACAUCAUCGUUAUCUAUGGUAUAUAUAAGUAAGAUGAAUAGCGUGAAAUGGAGAA